CCUUACACGUCGCGUGUGACACCAAGAACCACUACUACACACACACACACCUUGAAAACACCGAUAACCCGAUCCAAAACAACAACAAAUCACUCAUUUCAACUCAUCAAAUCGAUCAUUCUCUCGAUGAUUCUUCACCUUAAGCGUCAAUUCCACCGGUUAAAAUCGGUUGUUGAUUUGAUCUGGUUGAUCACAAUUGAGUAGUAAUGGAGCGAGCGGAGAGCCGUAGUGACGGUGAGCUUGUUAUCGAUAUUACAAGCAGCAGUGAAGCUUCACCUUCUAGUGUUACAACUGUUGAUAGACCGGCUAAUCGGUCAAACUCAAGUCAUAAUGUGGAACUACCGUCGACUAGUGUUACAAGUUCUGCUGCUAGUGUUGGAGUCUCGAGAAACGCGUCCUUUGCUAGCCAUGGUCAAAGGAGUCCGUUGAAUUCAGGUUAUUGGGUAUGCACUGAGCUGGUUAUAACCAUGAGCCAGAUUGUGGCAGCCGUUGUUGUUUUGUGUUUUUCGAGGCAUGAGCGUCCGCAAGCUCCAUUGUUUACGUGGGUUAUCGGUUAUGCUUGUGGAUGUGUUGCAACGCUACCGUUGCUCCUUUGGCGUUUUCAUAAUCGUAACCAGGUUUCGGAUCAAGAUCUAGCUCAGCGUGCUCGGAGUUCUACCUCAAGCAACCUAUCAGCAACAAGAUUUCUGACAACUGUAUUAGCGAGUACAAGAUUCAAGGUAUUCAUUGAAUACUACAAAAUGGGUUUGGAUUGCUUCUUUGCAGUCUGGUUUGUGGUCGGGAAUGUAUGGAUCUUUGGAAGCCAUUCUUCUUUUUCUGAUGCUCCUAAUUUGUACAGGUUAUGUAUAGUAUUUCUUACCUUAAGCUGUCUCGGAUAUGCAAUGCCAUUUAUCUUGUGUGCAACGGUCUGUUGCUGUCUCCCAUGUAUAAUUUCCGUCAUGGGUUUUAGAGAAGAACAGACACAUAAUCGAGGAGCCACUACAGAGUCCAUUAAUUCUCUGCCUACCUACAAAUUCAAGGUUAAAAAAAGUAAGCACACAAAUGACAAAAAAACCGACUUCAAUGCUGGUGAAGGCGGGGUUGUGGCCGCAGGAACAGAAAAAGAGCAUGUGAUAUCAGGAGAGGAUGCGGUGUGCUGCAUUUGUUUGGCCAAGUAUGUGAACAAUGAUGAACUGAGAGAGUUGCAUUGUUCUCAUUUCUUUCACAAGAGCUGUGUUGACAAAUGGUUGAAGCUUAAUGCUUCAUGCCCCCUCUGUAAGAGCCAAGUUGGUGAAAGUGUUUUGAGUUUCCAAACUGAAGCAACUACCGGUAAUUUGUCUCGAUGACGGAUUGCGGUUUGCUAAAUUGUUAAUAUCCAAAUGUUACAUCAUGAUUGCUGAACAUAUGCCCAAAAGUCCAAUUUUAAGGUUUUUUUUUUCCUUCAUUUUUUAAGCUACAUAUGAUGUUGAGAAUGGAAUAUGUUUUUGGA